UAAUACCAGGGGAGAUCUAAUACCAAGUCCUGUACCUGUCGGAACAGGACGUACAGCCGUAUGUCUAUGCACUGCGGUCCUUGGGAAUGCGGGGAGAAUCUGCCGAGUUAAUCACCUAAUAAAAUGUGAUAAGGAGGCAAUAAAAUGAUGGUGCUAAAUAAUCAUCUGACAGCAGUAAAUUGUACCACUUCUUCCUCAGAUGUGGACCGUUUGCAGAAUGCGUGUUUUGUAUUUUUUAAGUUGUCACAUUUUACUUAUUUUUAAUAUUCGCACUAACAUUUUUUCCCAUUAUAGCAGGUGUUCCUGACAUAUCAGCCAGAAGAAAGUCCUAGAAAACAAUUUCAGGAAGAGAGAGUAACAAGUGACAGCAUUCUUUGAAAUGUGAUCAGAGAUCUGGUCUACACGCCACAGGGGGUUUACUCCUUUACUUUGGGAGAGCAAGUGUUUGAUUUCAUCACUCAUCAGGACUAUAGUGGGCCACCCUGCAGAUUGAGGAGGGAGUAAAAAAGCAGAAGGCGAUGGCACUUGAAAAUUUAAUCUCCACUGGAAUCAUCCAGAGAGAUGAGACUCCCAUGGAAAAGGAGGUUGUUGGCCGGUGCCGAGGAUGUUUCAGCCUUGCUGAUGUCAUGUACUUCUCCAAGAAGGGCUGUGAGGCAGUUGCAGAAGAUGAAGUCACUCGACGGUUCUCCUCUGAGGAGCUGCUGUCCUGGAAUCUCCUCAGCAGAACCAAUGCCAACCUGCACCAUGUCAGCUGGAAACUGGCUGCUGUGUGGGUCACUGGCAUCCUGAUUCGCUAUUGCCUCCUGCUGCCUUUCCGCAUCUGCUUGUCUGUUUUCAGCAUUCUGUUGCUGGUGUUGGCCACUACUGUAGUAGGACAGUUUCCAAAUGGCAGAGUUAAAGGCUGGCUGAGCAACCAGGUCCAGAUGAUAUGUGCCACCUUAGGUAUUCGAUGUCUGAGUGGCCUUGUUCAUUUCCAUAACAGGGAAAACAAACCACAGGAAGGAGGUAUCUGUGUAGCCAACCACACAUCGCCAUUGGAUGUCCUAAUCCUGGCCAGUGAUCGAUGCUAUUCCUUGGUUGGCCAGGUACAUGGAGGGCUUCUGGGACUUAUUCAAAAAUCCUGCAUGCAAACCUCUCAGCAUGUCUUGUUUGAACGCUCAGAAAUGAAAGACCGUCACCUGGUGAGGAAAAAAAUUAGAGAACACAUUGCAGAUAAGGCCAAGUUACCCAUUUUAAUUUUCCCAGAAGGCACCUGCAUUAACAACACGUCGGUAAUGAUGUUUAAGAAGGGAAGCUUUGAGGUAGGAGGAACCAUCCAUCCAGUAGCAAUCAAGUAUGACCCCCGCUUUGGAGAUGCCUUCUGGAACAGCACAAAGCAUUCCUUGAUGACCUAUGCUUUUAAUGUGUUAACCAGCUGGGCUAUUGUCUGCAACGUGUGGUACCUGCCGCCGAUGGUCAAAGAGGAAGAAGAAGAUCCUGUUCACUUUGCUAACAGAGUCAAGGCUGUCAUCGCUGCUCAGGCAGGAGUGUCUGUGCUUCCUUGGGAUGGGGGACUGAAAAGGAAAAAGGUCAAAGAGUCUUUCAAGGAAGAGCAACAGAAAAAAUAUUGUGAGAUAGUAAUAGAAAAUGGAUCUGUGGAAAACGGAAAUGUUUGUUAAAUGCUAUUUAUUUUAUCUCAUUUUUCCAUUAUUUAUCUCUACCAGAAAAUAGACUGGCUUUAUAUGAAACCCAACAUGUUUUCCUUCUCUCCCUGUAAGAUAUUUUGCAAACAAUAAAGAAAUAUCCUUAUUUAAAGCAAAAUAAUAUAAUUUUCUAAAUAAGAAAACAUAAAAUAUGCUAAUACAAUUCUCCCUGAUGCUGAGAAGAAUCUACAGUAAAAUUAUUUAUGUUCAUUAAAGUACAACUUUAAAGUAUUUGCAAUACCUUGAGGACUUAAAUGGUUACUUAUAAUAAAGUACACAUCUGUACUGAUAGACUCCCUCAGCAACUUAGACUAACAAUACUCCUGUGAGCCACAGUAACCAUGUUGCUCUAGAGAUAGAUCUCCUGAUGUCAGAUGACAUGAAGCAUUUCACCAAAGUAUGUUUUCUGAAUUGCAUGUUGGAGAGGAAAUGUUAUAUGUCAGAGGGAAAAAGCAGAUGCUGACUUCCUCCUCCAUGUCACAAGGCCAGGGAUGGCAUUGUAGAACAUUUUCUGCUAUGACAAAGAGCAGAACAGUGUCCAGGGCAUCAUGUCCCUGAUGUCUGGGUGUGUGAAGCUGAGGUAAAUUAAUCACAGCCAAGGACAGUGUCAUAGAAAUAUUUUAAAAUCAUAUCUUGUGGUUUUGUUAGAUCCCUUUUUGAGUCUGUUUGUAUGCAUUACACAAAUUAAAGAAAGCCUAUAAUGUGACAUCCACUGUCCUCUGCUGCUGUUAUUUCUGGAUAGCUGC